AUGAGCGAAAGGAGACGUCAAAGUUCGAACAGAUACAGUCCUUACCCGUCUGGAGGAAGUUACUCCAGAACCCCUAAUCGCCGAGGAAAUGAGUCUGAAGAGAUUAUUGAACAGGACACUAAACAACCUUUGGAAGAGGCUGUUGUGAUUGACGAUUAUGAGCAGAACCGAGGUAACUAAUUUGAUGUUAAAACAAUUUUUUUAGAAGCGAUUGUGGAGGAGGAAGCUAUUUCCUUCAGAGAUAUCGGACAACAUGCCAAAGAUCAAGGAUUCACUUCUAACGCGGAAAUAAUUGUGAGUUGUAUUAAAUUUUAAGUGCCAUUUGUUGUAGAACGCCACCCCAAUUAUUACUAUGGAUGUACCGGCUAUUGAUGUCAUGGAGCUGUUCAACAGCGUUCAGAAUGGAGAAGAUAUGAAGAAUACUCUGGCGGGAAUUGGAUUAAUGGUAGUUUAUCUGUUUCCUCCGAAAAUAAACAUAAAUUUUUGGUUUCAGAUUAACCGUCUGAUCUUUGAAAACAGAUAUCUGGUGCGGGAACUCCAUUGUCUGAAAAGUGGAAAUGUUUUGAAUCCAGCUCACAGAUUCGAUAGCUUGCUGUUCAAGAAAGUCAACGUUAUCAAUCAGUGGAUUUACCCCGGAACAAGUGAAAUCCCUCCAAUAAAUGUAAACAGUUUGGUCGAUUCCUUCGAUCAGAAUUCGACUAGAAAGAAUGACACUGCUGUAAACACAUUGAGAAGAUUUGUUAAGUAUCUCUUGGAAAACGUAAGUCCUUAUGUAAAUAACUUAAAUUUUUAGAUCAUUCCGAAGAAGCAUCACAAUAAGUUUACAAUCCGCGAGAGAGGAGGAUACGAUCAUUUGACAGAACUCCCGGUGGAUUUGACUACUCUCGUCAGGGAUCUUUGUUUGGAAACGGUCAACUUAUAUGAUCCCCGGACUGAUGAGGACAAGGAGCGACGAGAAGAACUGGGAGAACUCAUCUACAAGUAUAUGAAAUUUGCUCUGUAAGUGAAUAAAGUUUGAGUAAUUGGCUCUUCAGGCAAGAACUGCGUCGAACUCCCAGAAAGUCCAAGGUUCCAGUUGCUCGACCGACCGAAGAAGAGAUCGUUGAGAUCGAGGAACAAGUAGUGGCUUAA